AUGGAUCCAUAUCACUGGCAUCGUACCUCCAGAAAAUUAGUUGACAUCGAAUGGCUAAAGGAAUCGGUUCAACAAAUUAACUCUGGAAUAAAGCUAAAGGAUAUUUGCAAAAAGGCCCGUUUAAAUAAUGGUACCUUUCGUGAAAUAUCCAAAACCAUGUUCAAAAAGCUUGUCAGAGAAAAUAAUUUGGAAUUAAUUCCAAAAAGAGGAAGAAAGCAAAUAGAAAUUAAUCUUGAUGCCUGCCAAGCUUAUGCAAAUUUGAAAGAUUUAAUGCCCGAUGCAGGCAUCAAUAAAAUUAUUCAGAAAAUGAAAACAGACCUUGUCAAUAUUGAGAAGAAUCCAGAAGAAUUUCAAAAAAUUCAAUCAGAAAUUCAAAAAAAUGGAGAAAUAAAUUAUGAGUCUGGAAACUGGCUCGAUGAAGUUGACCGCACAACUUUAGUUCCAGUUGUGACUCCAAUAGAAGGUACGCCUAUUGAAAUAAAUCCAUUACGCGAAUCUCUUCAAACGGCAACAUACAUUACAAAAAAUUUUGAUUCUCCCUCAUAUAGAAUGGGCAGGAAAAUACACGAAGCGAUUAUCGCAGAUACUCCCCCUCAAAAUCAAGAAAAUCAGCAAAAAUAA